AUGCGGGAGAAUGUCUUCUUCGCACGCCUCCUUGAGCGGGUGGCGGCCGUCCCGCAUCGCAGUAUUGCCGCAGUUCCGUACGGUGAGUGGUUUACUCUUUACAUUCACGCAUUGAAAUCCGCACAGGCCGCAAUGCGGAAUAAUAAUAAUAAUAAUAAUGAUAAUAAUAAUUAUAAGAGUAGCAUUACUGCCGCCCUUCAUGCGGGGCGCUGCGAUGUAGAUGCGGCGUUGUUAAGUAGUGUAGUCUCUCGCAGCUGGACAGACGUCGAUCUUCAAAUCGAUAAUAAUAAUAAUAAUAAUAAUAAUAAUAAUAAUAAUAAUUACUCUAGUUCAUGGUGGCGGGCAAAUAAGACAACCUCAAAUGUUUCUUCUUCUUCUACCAUUAGUAGUAGUAGUACUUCUACUUCUACUAUUACUAGUAGUACUAUUACUAAUAACAACAGCAAUGAUGAUAAUAAGAAUAACGGAUCUUGGCUUCAUCCCAUGUGUGAGGGAAGUACUCGAGAACUCGUGACUACGUCGUUUCUACGGGAACCACUCCUUGCGGGUCGUUCUCUCACAUCAUGGACGGAUGCCGUGAAGGAAGCUGGAGGAAAAGAGAAAUCUUCUCUCGCAAGAAUUCCUAUGAUAGUGGUAGUAGUGCCUUUUACAGCAUUACUUCAACUGAGAAGAGAGGCGUAUCCACAGAUUCAUAAAUCCUCAAGUAAUAAACAAGAAGAAGAACAAGAGAAUCAGAAUCAAGUACAAAUUUCUCUUCAAGAGCGAAGUGCUCGAAUGUCUACUAUACAUUCAUUACAUUACUUAAUGGAAAUGCAAUCUAGUAGUAACAGUAAAUCACGUAUAAAAGUUGUAGUUUGGAGUCCUGUGAAUGAGUUUGAUGCUAUUAUGCAGUUAUCAAAGAUACGUAUGGCUUUACCAGAACCUGUAAGAAAUUUAUUCUCCUUAACACAGGUAUGUGAAGAUGAAAGAAUUCGAACUGCAUAUCUUUGUCAUUAUUUAUCUCUUAUGACGAAAGGUUCACCACUCUCUAUUUUAGCACCUCAGAGAGAAUAUAAGACUCUACAAAAGAUGGGAAUUGAUGUUAGUAGUAUUAAGAGUCAUCCAAAUUCUAUAGAGGUAAAUCCAAAGUCUUCUUCUUCUACUACUACUUCUACUAAAGGGAUGUCACUGCAUUCUCAAGCUGUUAACAGUUGUGGAAAACUUGUUCGUCGUAUGUCUACACGUGAAGAUAAUUUGCGUCAUAUACUUAUUCCCUGA